UCCCCGCAGCUGUCAGUCCCCGGUGUGUGUUGGCGUCCCUGCCUGUCAGCCCCUGUGUGUUUGCGAGCGCCUUCCCGCCAGGCCCGUCUCCGGCUCGGCCCUGUCAGCAGCCAGCACCCCGGGGCUCCGAGCGGCCCCGCCCCUUCCCCCCGACGCCCCGCCUCCCCCAUCUGUCAGCGCCGCGCUCGCUGUGGGCUCCGCUCUCCCGAGCCCCGGCUCAAGGUGGUCCCGCGGGCCAGAGCGGCAGAGGGAGCCGAAGCGGGCGGCGGAGGCCUGGCGGUGGGCGAGCCUGUCCGCGCUCCCGCGGGCGGCUGUGGGCGCCGGGCACCCGUGCCUUUUGGUGAAAAGAGCGUCGGGACUCGAACCACUCAGGGGGCUGAAUUGCAACUGCAGAGGCAACAAGUGACUCCUUAAAGGUGCCACAGGGCUGCAGAAAGUGAAUGGGGACUGGAGAGGAUGACGUGAGAAAAAUGUUUUUUCCCAAGGACAAGAAGCUUGACAAGGAAGAGCGGCUUUCUGCAGAUAACUGAUAGAGGUGCCUUAGACGCACUUCUGGGCUCUCAUGGAGUAGCUGGAAUUUGUACUGCAAGGCCCUCUUGCCUGCUGAUCACCCAACGUGACUGUCGCCAUGGCCAGCAAGAGGAAGUCCACCACCCCAUGCAUGAUCCCGGUUAAGACCGUGGUGCUGCAGGGUGCCAGCACAGAGGCCGAGCCUGGGGGAACUUUGCCUGAAGGUCCCCAGCAAGAUCUUCCUGCAGAGGCACCUGAUGCCAGCAAUGACACAGUCCCAAACCCCUGCAGCACUGAUGGCUCUGCCCUGGCAAACGGGCACCGGAGCACUUUGGAUGGCUAUAUAUAUUCCUGUAAUGACUGUGAUUUCAGGUCCCAGGACGUGGCCCACUUUGUAGGACAUAUGAAUGCAGAGCACACAGACUUUAAUAAAGACCCAAAUUUUGUAUGUGCAGGGUGCAGCUUCCUGGCAAAAACCCCUGAAGGGCUUUCCCUGCACAAUGCCAAGUGUCACUCAGGGGAAGCCAGCUUUUUGUGGAAUGUGACCAAGCCAGACAAUCAUGUAGUGGUGGAGCAGAAUGUCCCUGAGAGUACCACCACAUCUGACCUAGCGGUUGAGUCUACAACUGAAGGGACUGAUGGACAAGCUGAAAUCAUCAUUACCAAGACUCCAAUCAUGAAGAUAAUGAAAGGCAAAGCUGAAGCCAAAAAAAUCCAUAUGCUUAAAGAGAAUGCUCCCAAUCAGCCUGUGAGUGAGGCCUUGCCAAAGCCAUCAGCUGGGGAGGCAGAGGUUAAAGAGGGGGACCACACUUUUGUCAAUGGGGCAGCUCCAGUCAGUCAGGCAUCUACUAGCUCCUCAAAGACCCCUCAUGCUGCCAAUGGGCCCUUGAUAGGAACAGUGCCAGUAUUGCCAGCUGGUAUAGCACAGUUCCUCUCCCUCCAGCAGCAGCCCCCAGUGCAUGCCCAGCACCAUACCCACCAACCCUUGCCUACAUCCAAGGCCCUUCCAAAAGUCAUGAUCCCGCUGAGCAGCAUCCCAACCUACAAUGCAGCUAUGGACUCUAACAGCUUUCUGAAGAACUCCUUCCACAAAUUCCCCUACCCAACCAAAGCUGAGCUCUGCUAUUUGACUGUGGUGACCAAGUAUCCAGAAGAACAGCUUAAGAUCUGGUUCACAGCCCAGAGGCUAAAGCAGGGAAUCAGCUGGUCUCCUGAGGAGAUUGAAGACGCCCGGAAAAAGAUGUUCAAUACAGUCAUCCAGUCUGUGCCUCAGCCCACAAUCACAGUUCUAAACACCCCCCUUGUUGCCAGUGCUGGCAAUGUACAGCACCUCAUCCAGGCUGCUCUCCCAGGCCAUGCUGUGGGACAGCCUGAGGGCACAGCAGGGGGCUUAUUGGUCACUCAGCCAUUGAUGGCCAAUGGGUUACAAGCAACAAGCUCAUCUCUCCCCCUGACAACUGCAUCUGUCCCCAAGCCAACUGUGGCACCCAUUAACACUGUAUGUUCAAAUACAGCAUCGGCUGUGAAGGUAGUCAAUGCAGCCCAGUCACUCCUCACAGCAUGCCCUAGCAUAACUUCCCAAGCUUUCCUUGAUGCAAACAUCUACAAAAAUAAGAAGUCUCAUGAGCAGCUGUCAGCUCUGAAAGGAAGCUUCUGUCGGAACCAGUUCCCUGGGCAGAGUGAAGUCGAGCAUCUGACCAAAGUGACAGGCCUCAGCACCAGAGAGGUGCGGAAGUGGUUCAGUGACCGGAGAUACCACUGCCGGAACCUGAAGGGCUCCAGGGCCAUGAUGCCUGGAGAGCACGGCUCUGUUCUCAUUGACUCUGUGCCAGAGGUGCCCUUUUCCAUGUCAUCUAAAGUUCCAGAGGUGACCUGUAUCCCAACAGCAACCCCACUAGCAAGCCACCCUGCCACCAAACGACAAUCUUGGCACCAGACCCCAGACUUCACCCCAACCAAAUACAAAGAGAGAGCCCCAGAGCAGCUGCGAGUCCUGGAAAGCAGUUUUGCACAAAACCCGCUUCCCCCUGAGGAGGAGCUAGACCGCCUGAGAAGUGAAACAAAAAUGACCCGAAGGGAAAUUGAUGGAUGGUUCUCAGAGAGACGAAAAAAAGUGAAUGCUGAGGAGACCAAGAAGGCUGAUGGGCAUGUGCCUCAGGAGGAGGAGGAGGGUGCUGAGGAGGAGGGUGGAGAUGAAGAGUUGGCCAGUGAGCUGAGAGUUCCUGGUGAAAAUGGCUCUCCUGAAAUGUUUCUUAGCCAUACCUUGGCAGAGCGGAAGGUCAGCCCCAUCAAAAUCAACCUCAAGAAUCUGAGGGUCACUGAAGCCAGUGGCAAGAGUGAGCUUCCAGGGCUGAGUGUCUGCGAACCUGAGGAAGAUGGUUUGAACAAGCUGGUAGAGCAGCCACCAGGCAAAGUGAGCUACAAGAAGACAGCACAGCAGCGUCACUUGCUGCGGCAGCUCUUUGUCCAGACACAGUGGCCGAGCAACCAGGACUAUGACUCCAUCAUGGCCCAAACAGGGCUGCCUCGGCCAGAGGUGGUACGCUGGUUUGGAGAUAGCAGGUAUGCCCUGAAGAACGGCCAGCUCAAGUGGUACGAAGACUAUAAGAGGGGCAACUUCCCACCAGGUUUGCUGGUCAUAGCCCCUGGCAACCGAGAGCUGCUGCAAGAUUAUUACAUGACACACAAGGUGCUGUGUGAGGAGGACCUGCAGACGCUCUGCAGCAAGACCCAGAUGAGUGCCCAGCAGGUCAAGCAAUGGUUUGCUGAAAAAAUGGGUGAAGAGACCCGGGCUGUGGCAGAUACAAGUGGUGAAGAUCAGGGCCCUGGAGCUGGAGAGGGUGUGGAAGUUCACAGAGUGCUGGGUGAUGCCUAUUCAGAGUUGUCUGAGAACAGUGAAUCAUGGGAGCCGAGUGCUCCUGAGGCCAGCUCAGAGCCCUUUGACACUUCAAGUUCCCAGUCUGGACGUAAACUCGAAACAGACUGAAUUUGAUCCGGUUACUGUGAAGGACCGGCCAGUAUGGGACGCUGUCUGCCAUGUGGAAGGGCCAAACCUGCUACACGUCAUCUUGAUGGCCAGUUGCCAGGCGCCAAGAGAACCUGUCGCUGCCCUAAAUAUCCUCCGCCUGACACUUCUAAGCAAGCAGCAAGGAGUUCUCAUCAACCCAUCCUCCCACUGUGCAGGACCUUUCCUUUGCCUCCCAGGGACACAGCAGUUCAGACUGCAUAUACCUAGACCCAGAAUCAAGUUUUUAGCAUAUACAACUGCCUCUAUACAUUUAAUAAAGCAUCCAACUACAGACAUUUUCAAUACAUAGGAACUUGGGUUACCAAAGCAGUUCAGCUCUGACAAUGCCAUGUCUGUUCUCUGGGAGGCUGAGACCACAGGGACCCUCAUCCUCUGCAGCAGAGGAGUUACAGGCACACUCAGAACCGCAUCUGGCCUGGCCCCACUGCCUUCAAGGGAACAGAACUGUUGAAGAGAUCUCUGCAUCACUGAAUAGGCAAGCCACGUUUUGUGCCAGGCUUGCGUUGAUUUUUGAUUGACACAGAGCCCACUGUUACCGUCAGUUCUGAACACAGCCAAACUAUGAGAUUAUCAUUGGAUGCUUACCAUUCUGUUUAGUUAACCAUAAUUCUGCUUAUGGAGUUUGAAUCAUGGACUAACUUCUCCAUUAUCAGAUCAACUAAAGAAACUAUUGUUGUAAAGCCCAAUCGGCUGACCUAUAUGCUCCCUUCAGCCCUUCAGUUCAGACUCCUUUAGAGCAAGAGGAAAAUGGUCAAGGUAGAGCCAGUUGCUGUGGCUUUGGCCAACACUGCUCAAUGCCUCCUGCAGGUCAGAAGGAAGUACAUGGUGGCUGGUAGGAAGAGUGAGGCUGAAGGGCUUGGGAGAUUUUGAAAUGACCAGAGUUGGAGUGGUCUUGAACACAGAGACCUGCAGGAGGGAGUUCCUGGCAAAAUGUCCUUGCAACACACCAAGGGCCUGGCCAGCUACUGGUUUUAUGAUCCAGAGGUGCUGGACAUCACUGGAAAGGUGCCUGUGAGGGUGUUCUUAAAGUUCUAAAUUUAUAUUCCCAAACCUGGGAAACAGGUACUCUCUAUCUACUUUUGCCUAAGCCUUGUGUCUUUUGAGUUAAAAAUCACAAGAAAAGGUGCCUUUGAAACAAUGGUAAACUUGCUUAUGGAGCUAUACUAAACAUUAAAGCCCUUGUGUCUCCUAGGCUGAUUUCUGAGAGCUGUGGAUAGAGGAGGGACAAAGAUGACAAACAGGCUGUGUCAUUCAUGACCCCACUAACCUCUUGGAAACUCCAUCAGGAGACCCACAGGCAGGGCAAGAGCUUUGACCAAGCAGUGGUUAACUUCUAGGUAUUAUACUCCUGGGGAGGAAAACAGUCUGAGGAUGAGCAUGGCAGCCUUGAGCCUUCUCGGAAAGUGGGCUUUCUUUGUAACCCAGAGCCUUGGAACCAGUAUGUUUCUUUUGCUCUUCCUGUUCCCAUAUGGAUGACCUUACAUUUGUCUCAGAUUGGGGGUUUCGACUACUUGGCAAGUUUUGCAGCCUAUUUUUGUAUCCUUUCUGUUUGGGGAGGGAAGCAAUUUGGGGAGGGAAGUAAUUUGGUCCCAGACCUCGAGGAUUGUAAAGAAUGGUGAGUGAUUGCUUUCCUUCAGAGAACAGACGCCUGAAAGUUUUCCUUUAGUGUUUGUGUAUGUGCAGAUUUACAUAUCCACAGUAACAGUACACAUGCUUAUUUAAUACUUUAUUCUUAAAAAUGUAUGUCUGAUGUACACCUGAGCUUCAUAUGGAUGCACUAGGGGGAAAUGAUCUGUGUAUGCAGAGAUGACAGUACACCGGGCAGCUGGAGCAGCAGAGGAUGCCAUCUCCUGUCUAAGAAAGCAUCUGUGUCUCACCUGAGCCCAGACAUCUGCUGGCUUCACCUCUAGAACCCUGCUGUACUAGCUGAAUCGUAGACUCUAUAAAAAUGUCUCAACAAUUCCCAUGGAACAGAAAAUGAAAUUACUUGGUGGACAUUACACAGGACACAGAUAGCAGCCUGGUCUCCGGCACCAGGUAGUCUUCUGGGUGGGAAGUUAAAGUAACACUGGCCCCAACAUACCUUUCUCAGAGCUGGUAAAGGCAAGAGUGUCCAGGUAAGGACCCCAAAUGACUAAUGUACCUUGCUUCCUUUGUCUUGGAUCAGGGAGGGAAAUUGUGGCUUGGACCUUAUGUUUGGCAGGUAAUGCUGAGGGAGGUCAUGGAGCUGGCAAUUCAGGGAAGGGCUUUGGGUGCCAAGCACGAGUGCACUGACAGAGGAGUACAGGAGUAGGUGGCAGCUGCCAGGCCUAUGGUUUCUAUGUGACAGACAGAUCACAGUGGCCUUGUACAGCUGGAGGGUCAAGAUGGUCUAGGUGCCUUCAGUAGAAGGCUGGCUGUGGGCUACUGAGGUGGGAUGGAAUGUGCUUCUCUUAGCAGAGGUUGCUUUAUAAGAUGGUGAGUCUUGUCCCAUCCUCUGCACUCACCUGGACUUAACAGAGACAGCACGUUCUAAGUGUUCUUUGUUGCCAGUCUUGUACGUUUGAAUUUUCUCUUACUUAGGGUUGUUUUCAGUUCUAAACCAAACUCCAUUCUAACAGAAAUCUGAACUUAUCCAUAGGCUUCGCAUAUUAUUUGUAAUUUUUUGAUCACAGAGACUUUUGGGGGAGGAGUUGGAUGUGUUAGGAGAUGGCUUGCCAGCAUGAGGUUUACUAGUGACUGACCUUGUGCUUGUCUCCUGACAGCAGAUGUCAAGUGGACAAAAUACCUUAGCCUGAGGCACCCUUCUCUCUGGAAGCAAAAGUAGAGUUGGGUGGGACCUGGUAGACUUCUACCUGUACCCUCCAGUUUGUCCCCAGCUGGCCUUGGGUGUGUCCUACCAGGAAGCUCAGCAGCACUCUCCAGGCCCAGGCGGCUCAGAGAUCUUGUUCUGUCAGUAGUUGUGCCACACCUGUGCUCCUUCCUCCCUGCUGGCCCCAGGACAUCUGUUACACAGCUGCCUGUCGUGGAGGGCAGGAGAUAGCCGUUCUGGUUAUUCCCAAGGUGACUGCUGAGCUGUCCAUCUUGAGCCAUUGCCUUUUGUCUUCCUAGUCUCUAUAUGGACCAAAAUCCUCAGAUUGGAGCAGCCUUGUCAGUUCCACUGUCACAGCCCAAGUGUAUAAGGUACUUUCUGGGUUAGAAUUUGUGUUUUUUGUAAAGCCCCCGCCACUUCCCCAGUGAAAUGCUAGUUCCAGCCACUUUGCAGAUCAUCUUGUAUCAAUUCAUUUGCAAGGCUCACUUGUCUGCAGGAGUCUUCUAGAUACAUGAAGGUCUCUGGUCAACUCAUCCUGGCAAAAGUUUGGCAGGCUCCCUUUUUUCUUUUUCUUUUCUUUCCUUCCUUUUUUUUUUUUAAACUCUGACUGGAGCCUUCUCUUUAUCACCCCUGAGCUUCCUCUUCUCCCUUUUCUCAAGAGCACACUGUUCACCACCAUCCUGCCCAGACCUUUAGGGGGUGAUUUCCAUGUGCUCUAGUCCUGCAGCCAACAGGUCUCCCGAGACUUCAACCUAAAUUCUCUGCACUGCAGUUUGUUCUGCCUUGGGGCAGUCGAACCGGUAAGUGACUGUGCUUAUAUAGUCCAGGGCUAUCAAUGCUGUUAGAGGUAUUCAGUGAAAUGGCUGGGUUUGCUUUUGACUGAGUAAUGGCAGAACUGACGAUCAUACUGUUUGCUGUUUAGAUUGCUACCUGGCUUAUUAGCUAGAAACCCAAAUGGAACGGAGUCUCAGUUUACUUCUGCUGAAGUCUGCUCCUAGUGGCUGGCCUCUAGGGAUGGCUGGCAUGGAGUGGCAAGCCCAAGUGCAUCAAAGCCUAAAAUUCACGCAUGGUUGUAAACUGAAAGCAGCUCACAAUGUGUAGGGGUUAGGGCUGAGAGCCUGCUUUUUGUGGGUUUUCUGAGGGCUUGUUAAUACUAGCCAACAAUCCAUGGACCUGGUCCUCCAGACUGGAGAAACGCUGUAGGUUUUUCUAGCUCAGGGCCUUGCAGGAGCACCUCUUCCCAAUUCCCCGAAGCAGGGAUGAAAAUCCAGAGAAGUUGGGAAUGUGACUAAGGUGGUUGCCACAAGGACAGAAGUAGGUACCUGCUUCCUUGGUUUUUAGUCUCCUAUGGUUUUCAGGACUGAAUGGAUUCAGUGUAGUUACUACUCUGUUGUCUCUGCCCUCCUUGAGCCAGACCUUGCUGCUACUCUGGCAGGAAGCAGGCAGAGCAGAGGGAGAACAGCUAUUUGGCAGGGACUGUUUGCCAAGUGAUGUCUUACUGCUGUCUACAAGAGUGGGCGGAUGGCAAGUCAGGACACCUGAGAGGGGCUUGCAGAGGUACCUGCCAUCAGUGUCUCUUUUGUCAAGAGACUCGCAUACUGUGAACACAGAUGGGCACCUGUAUGUUAAGAGCUUUUAUUGGUUAAUGCUGUUUGACAUGUGUUCUCUUCCAUGAAAGGUAGGUGAUUCAGAAUUAUUCAGGAUGACUCAAGUUGAAGGUAAAAUGCCUAGGAUAAAGUCUGUUCAAACACUGAAUAUAGAAAGGGCUACCAGGGCGCUCUCCUUCCCAAGAAAGUACCAGAAGAGAUACUGUCCAGCAGGGCAAAGUCUUAUUAUGUGGUGCCUGUUAGCCGUAGUUUGUGCUUAAGAGCGAUCUUGUCCUGAGCUCCUGCCCACACAGCUUGGUCUCAUUCUUGUGGUUUGACUCAGGGUCAGAGCCCCAUGUGAGAAGGUUAGCUACAGUGAGAGCUCUAGCACCCAUUCCUCAGCAGAGUUCCAGCAUGAGUUGGGUUGCUCUCUGUGAAACUGGGUGGGCCAAGGGCAGCAGUGGUCACUCAGGCAGUGAUCUCUCUCCCAUGCUUCUGAGUAGCCUGCUUUGUUCAGCUUUGCCAGGAAGGUCAGACUGUGUCAUAAUUGUUAUUAAACAGAGAAAACGAGCCAACCUUUCUCUGGCCCCUGCUGACUAUUGUUCUUUGAGUUGUCCUGACAUAGCCCUUGGGGAAAUUGGGGAGGCUGCCAAAGGACUGCAGAGUCCUUGCAAACAAUGUCCUGGUUCCUAGUCCUCCAGCACCUGCUUUGUGUUCUGGUCUCAGUACGGAGGGCUUUGUUCUCAGGGGCCCGACUACUGAGAAGUGUGACUGGGGAAUGACUUGAACAGUCUGCCUUUGCUGUGCUUCCUGUCUCCCAGAAACAGCUGAAAUGACUAUCCUGGUGCUAAGUGAGGGGCAGCUGUCCUGGUUAAUGGCAAGAGGGUCACCUGCUACUGUGGCCAGCUGUGAGAGCAAACUGAGAAAUAGCAUAUUCUGUCACAUAGACCUUUGUGGAGAAGGAAUUUUCUGUGUAGCCCUGGCUGGCCUCAGACUUGGGUACUCUUCCUGUGUCUCCCUCCCAAGCACUGAGUUACAGGCAUGGGUCACACCUGGCUGGAGUGCAGGAAAAUCCUUUACCCUGGGAAACAUUUGAAUAGAAAGAUAGCCUUUGCCUUUGGUGUGGGCUGUGUGUGGUGGGAGGUGCAAGGAUGACCCCUUUGGGCUGUCUCCGGGCCUCGUAAGGUCCCCCAUGGGGAUGCUGCUAUUUCUACGAUGCAAAUUGCACAUUUCCUAGAUUUUGUAUCUGCAAAUUUGGAUAAGGGAUGGGAUGAGGGACAAAACUGCUUAUGUAGUUUGAAUGGGCCUCAGUGGUACUUCCAAUCUUUUGACUGUUCCUAAAUAAAAAAAUGUACAGACA